CCCUCUCCCUGUAACUUCCCAGCAUCCUUUGCGGCUCCUCCUUCCUUUCCCUCCAUUUCUCUGCAACAGCAGGUGACGCCACCUGAAGAGGACAACGAUGCCUGGAAGACUGUGGAGCAAGGCGGUGUUCUCCGGCUACAAGCGCGGCCUGAGGAACCAGCGUGAACACACGGCCCUGCUGAAGCUGGAGGGCUGUUACAGCCGGGACCAGGUGGACUUCUACCUGGGCAAGCGCUGCGCCUACGUCUACAAGGCCAAGAAGAACACGGUGACCCCCGGGGGGAAGCCCAACAAGACCCGGGUGAUCUGGGGUAAAGUGACCCGCGCCCACGGGAACAGUGGGAUGGUCCGGGCCAAGUUCAGCCACAACCUGCCGGCCAAGGCCAUCGGACACCGGGUCAGAGUGAUGCUGUAUCCCUCCAGAGUGUAACCGUGGAUCGUCUGUGGAUGUUUGUUUGUACAGAAAUAAACAGUAAAAUGUUGGAAUAUAAA